AUGUUUACAAGAAUUACUGCCGCUAGAACCGCUAGAACUUCCUUUAACUCCAAACAAUUUUUAUCCAUACCAAAACAACUAAAUAAUUCCACUACUAUCACUCCGAUUAGGUUUCCCUCUCUUCCACUCAUAGCAAAUAGAUCGUAUCACCCUAAGGUUAUUGACCAUUACACUAAUCCACGUAAUGUAGGUUCCUUGGAUAAAAAUCUACCAACUGUGGGAACAGGAUUAGUUGGUGCACCAGCUUGUGGUGAUGUGAUGAAAUUGCAAAUUAAAGUUAAUGAUAAAACGGGUAUUAUUGAAGAUGUUAAGUUUAAAACGUUUGGCUGUGGUUCAGCCAUUGCAUCCUCUUCAUAUGUUACUGAAUUAGUUAGAGGCAAGAGCUUAGAAGAUGCUUCUAAGAUUAGGAACACUGAAAUUGCUAAAGAAUUAAGUUUGCCACCUGUUAAACUACAUUGUAGUAUGUUAGCCGAAGAUGCAAUCAAGGCUGCCAUUAAGGAUUAUAAGUCUAAGAGAAAGGUUACUACUAGUUUGAGUGGUAGUAAUAAUGGCAAUGCCGUUAACGCUGCUAGGGCUUAA